AUGUCACAAGCUGCUAAAAAUUUACUAGUGAAGCUGAUAGUUGGUGCAGGACAAGCAGCACCUUCUCCACCAGUUGGUCCAGCAUUAGGUUCGAAAGGUAUAAAGGCUAUUGAUUUCUGUAAAGAAUUCAAUGCUAGAACUGCACAAUACCAACCAGGUGUUCCAAUACCUGUAUUAAUUACCGUUAGACCUGACAGAUCAUUUACUUUUGAAAUGAAGUCUCCACCAACAGGUUACUUAUUACUAAAGGCAUUGGGUAUUGAAAAGGGCCAUGGGACACCAAAUACAGGCACAAAAGGUGGUAGCAUUGGCCAACUAUCAUUGAAACAUGUAUAUGAAAUUGCUAAAAUUAAGAAAACCGAUUCCAGACAUGUUGCUUUAGAAAUGGAAGGUAUAGUGAAAUCCAUCAUCGGUGUAGCAAAAAGCAUGGGUAUUGAAGUUGUUCCAUGA